CGCAGGGUUGGUGAAUAGGGAAGUGCCGCAAACCUCGGAAUCGCUCCGCUGAAUCGCCUGUGCGUCGCCGCCGCCCCCUGUCCCGGCCCCCCUCCCCCAGCCGGGUUCCCUCAGCCCAGCCCGGUCCAGCCCGGUUCCCGGGAGGAUGAAGUUCGUGUAUAAAGAGGAGCAUCCGUUCGAGAAGCGCCGCUCUGAAGGCGAGAAGAUCCGAAAGAAAUAUCCGGACCGGGUCCCGGUGAUAGUAGAGAAGGCCCCCAAAGCUCGGAUAGGAGACCUGGAUAAAAAGAAAUACCUGGUGCCUUCUGAUCUCACAGUUGGUCAGUUUUACUUCUUGAUCCGGAAGCGAAUUCAUCUCCGAGCUGAGGAUGCCUUGUUUUUCUUUGUCAACAAUGUCAUUCCACCCACUAGUGCUACAAUGGGUCAACUAUACCAGGAACACCACGAAGAAGACUUCUUUCUAUACAUUGCCUACAGUGAUGAAAGUGUCUAUGGUCUGAGAAGCUGCUGCCCCUGAGGUGGGGGGGGGGUUUUUUCCCAUUCUAUAAAGAGCUGUGCCCCACCCCCACCUGCUCCUCCUCUUUCAGGCUCAAAAACCACCUCCCUUCUUCAGGAUCUUCACUUCCUAACGUUUGAGACUCUCUCUUCAGCUCCUCUUAGCAGGAUUAAUGGGAGAGUUCAUCUCUCCUUACCUCUUUUCACCUUUCUCUAUCACUGUCCCCACUCUACUUUAGAUUGUCAGUCUCUGUCACAUCGUCAUUGUUUUGGUUUCUGUUCCCCUUCUAACUGCCCAAGGGGCUCAGAACUCCAACAAUCCCUUUCACUACCUUCUUUUUGGGAGGUCCAUGGAAGGGACUGAAAUUGUGGAGGGGAAGGCAGGAGACACAUCAAUAAAGAGGAAACCACCAAGCUGAA